GCGCCGGCCGGUAUUGCCGCCGUCAGAGUAGGACGCGAGUAAGUCCGUCGGCCGCUUUCCCGAUCGCGGAGGAUAGGAAAAAGAAAAAAAAAAACCAAGCGAAGAGGAGGACGGGGGAGAGAAACUCUGCGAGCCGCGCGGGGAAAGUAUCAAGCGCGCGCGGUGUCACGCGCUCGUGCGGCUUCGCGACACCGGGGAAGUUCGCUUACACUCGCGUUCCGGAAGCCUCGCGAAACCUCUCGCGGGUUUCGCGAGUUUCGAGGAAAGAUCGCACAAACCGCGAAUCCGAUCGAGCUCUCGCGAACGCAGCGCGAAUCCGACGCCGUUGUCGAGACGAUCCCGACGCUUUCCCGGCGCACCACCGGCGACCGCGGGACGCGGGUGCUCGUACGUCCGAUCGACGCGAGUCGACGCGCAAGCAGCCAAGACGAGCGGGUGCAAAUUCUACUCGGACCUCAAUUUCGCGGGCCUCGAUCUGCCGUAGAUCCCCCGGUCGAGUUGGAUACGAAAAUGAGUUCGAAGGACGAGUGGGACUACUUCCGAAACGGACCCAGCACGUGGGUGACGAAGUUCCCUAUGGCAGCCGGCUCCAGGCAAAGCCCGGUGAAUAUCGAGACCAAGCGUGCAAAAUCCGACCACGAGGCUCUAAGUAGCAAGCCCCUGCGUUGGAGAUAUCCCGCCACAGCAUCUCGGAAGCUGGUCAACCCCGGUUACUGCUGGCGAGUGGACACCGAUGGCGACGGCACGUUUUUGAGCGGCGGGCCGCUGAUGGACGACGUCUACAAGCUGGAACAGUAUCACUGUCACUGGGGAUGCAGCGAUUCCAGGGGAUCCGAACACACGGUCGACGGGCAGGCCUUCGCCGGAGAGCUACAUCUUGUGCACUGGAACACUAGCAAGUACAAGACCUUCGCCGAAGCGGCGAAAGCUUCUGACGGUUUGGCCGUUCUGGGGGUCUUUCUUAAGGUCGGCAAGACCCACGAGGAAAUGGACAAGAUCGUGAAACUAUUACGGUUCGUCUCGCACAAGGACGACGUCGUGGAAAUCAAGGAUCCCGUCGACCCCGGUAAACUUCUUCCCGUGCGCGGCGGACGGGCCGGCACGCAAAGAUGCGUGAAUCCGUGUAUGCGCUGGGCCGACCGAAUCAUACCACGCCACGAGAACAAAUGGGAUUUCCAAGAUGACAACGGAUACUGGACGUACUUGGGCUCGCUGACGACGCCACCGUGCAACGAGAGCGUCACCUGGAUCCUCUUCAAAAAGUACAUCGAGGUGUCCCAUCAUCAGCUCAACGUCUUCCGCAAUCUGCGAAAAUUCCCACGUGGCGAGGAGUGCCCUUGCAAUGAGAAUCACGGAGCGGUGAUCAACAACUUCCGUCCACCGAUGCCGCUGGGAAAUCGCGUGUUGCGGGAGUGCGGCAGUUUCUGAGGGUCGGCCCCCACCCGGAAGAUGACGAGAGAUGACGAGAGAGACGAGAGAGACAGAAAGAGACAGAAGACCGGAUAAUUUCCGAUAGCCUCCGCGUUUCUCUGCAAAUUAUCGAAACGACGAUCGACGUAGCCGCUAAUGAAUCGCAGCGUUCAACGUGCCUUUUGAUUAACAAACCGAAGACCUCGCCCCCAGCAGUUCGCGUAGCGCGCGAGUUCUGCUAGCCUCGUUGCUUUCGCGUGAUCGACUCUCCCGUCGUUGGCAGAGACUUCCGCUGCGAGCGGGGAAUUCCUGGAGACGAAGCAAGAAUAUUUUAUAUAGCUUUAGUUUGCGCUACGGUGAGCCGCGAGCUCGCCCCCCCCCCUCAUGUUAUUUAACGCAAUUAUAUACGGUAAGCUAAGUAGGCCUUAGAAUCUAACUGGCGCCGUUAUCGGAGGCCUUGGAAUCAGCUGUAAGUUGCAGACAGGUGCAUCACAAAACCAAAGUGUCAGUUAACCAAAAGUCACUUCAUAAAAAAAUGAUAAAUUUAUAUGAUAAUCCCAAUCUAUACCCCUUGUUUUACAUCUGUAACUUCGCGUUUGAUUUUCGCCGAGAUACUGAUUUUAAAUACAAGCCACUCCUGAUCAGCCAGAUGUUCCACGACGGUAGGUAUGCUACGCGGAAUCAUUGGAACUUGAAAAAUUAGAACGCAUACGUUACCCUGUAGAAGACAAUGACAAGUGUAAUUGUCGACUUUCGGUACCUUCGGGAACGCGAUAAACAGACUCUUGUACAUUUUUUGUUUGUCCUAAACCGCGCAUGUGGGAGCGUCGCGCGAUUUUUUAAAAAUCUGAUCAAGUGUCUACGACCAAAAAAGCGCGAUCAGGAUUGCCGCAGUAGUGGCUCACAUAUAUAUACUUGUAUAUACAAACGUGUGGGUUUCAUUUUAAUCAAGAGCAAUUACGAGUGAAAAGUAGACUAAUAACGUUAGAACAUUCGCUCUUCGCGCGCGAGCGCGCGGGGAAUAUCGCUUUCUCCCUAAUUAAUUAGAAACUAUUGCUAACACACGUGCGCGGAAUUCCAAGAAACGUCGUGCCUAUACGUAGACAGACGCGCGAUUCCACGAUAAGACAAAUCGUGGCGAUAACCGCGCUUAUUAUUACCUUCGUCGCGCGAUACGUUCCAUGAUAUUAUACAUUAUACGCGUUAAAUCGAUAGAUUAUUAAUGACGAGUCAUUGAUUUUUUGCUUACACACACACACACGCGGCUCGUGUAUCAUGCGGGAAUAAUUCUGACACGAUCGAUCCAUCCGCGACAGACAUCGACGGAUACUUUGUCUUUAGGCGAUUGCAGAUACAACAGAUUUAUUUUGGAUACCGUUAAGUUACAUGCCGCGCGGCGUAAAGAAAAUAUAUAUGUUUAUAACGUCGUAUUUAUAAAUCAAUAUGUGCUAAUGUUGACGCGCGAGACACACGGUAAAACCCCGAGGAGCAUGAUUCUGGCUUCGUUUAAGCCUCAUGCGCUUAGCGUAGACUCCGCGAGUUUGCUUUGUCAAAAUAUAUUCGCGCGACGUUAUCCGUCGAGGUUCAUUCCGAGACGCAACAAGUGCGAGAUGCCGAUGUGACAUUAUUGCGGAUGUGACAUGGCAAAGAUAAAACGAACUUAAUACUUGGAAAUCAAAUCAAUCUGAGAUAAGCAGAAAGAGAAUCGAUGGGAUUGUAAAAACCAAUAAUGUGCUAAAAUUAUUUACCAAAAUUGAAAAAUAAUUUACCAAAAGUGAA